CCAGCACCACUCUGGCCCGACCAAGCACAGGGCAGAACCCUGGAAGCCACCACUUCCUUUCAAUUCCCGGCUCUGUGUGGUCUGGGGCAAGGAAGGGGCUGUGUGUCUCUGGGCCUCAGAUUUCUCAUCUGUGAAGUGGGCAGGGCUUCUGUGGGUCGUGGUGAUGAAGGGGGCUACAGAGUGAGCAGGCUUAGAAGCCGGGGAUCUAUGCGAGGCAUCCAGGGCAGCGCUUGGUAAAUGGGUCAGCUGGUGCUGGCCCUAAGGGCUGGAUGGACUCAUCCUUUUGACUACCUCAGGAAACAGGUGCCAACCUGGCCUAUUCAUCAAUGAGGAAGCCCAGAGAGAUGAAGUCACUGACCCGUGGUCACACAGCUGUGCCACACAGGAGCCAGCAGACUGUUGGGAUUUUUUCUGCCUCCUCCCUCCCAGCAGAGGAGUCCAGGAACCUGCUGUGAGGGCUGCUGUGGACUCUCCACCCCCUCCUGGGUUCAUCCUGUCCGGGGCACCCAGUCCUAGAGAGCAGCAGGCCAGGCGCCUGCCCAAAGGGCGGGGACACACGCCGGAGAACCGGCCAAGCGAGCGGGCGCCACUGGGCUCUAGCCAGGCCUGCGCGGGGCCACGGCGGGGAGCUGGGGCCGCGGGGCCACCACCAGGAACGGGCCACUGACGUCUCGGCCCGCCAUGCAGAAGAACUACAAUGUCCGCUUCACCAAGAGUGCCCGGACCCCCAACGAGCAAUACUUUUUGGAUCCUGAGUUGGGGCACCAAAAAGGAUGCUGUCGUCAGUGGUACCAGGACCCGGUGGCCACUCACCCCCACGGGCCCUGUCAGCUGCCCCCCAAGGCUCACUGGCAGCAGGCUUAUCACAGCCACCGGGGUGGCGGCGGCUGUCGCAGGUGUCCCCAGCCCCUCAUUCUGCAGCGGCAGCGGCAGCAGCAACAGCGACAACCCCCGCCCCCCCCCCCCAGUCCUCUGCGGCAGCGGCUCGGUCCAGUUCGCGGGGCCCAGAAGGGGUCACCGGCGAUCGCCGCUGCCCGCACGGGACCAGCCAGCGCCCCCCAACCUGCCGCUCCAUCGCCCACAGCAGUAUCAGCCUCGGCCAGCAGCAGCGCAGCCCUGCCCUCUGCAUCUGGCGCCCUCCUGGAGCCCAGCGAGCCCACCGAGGCGCGGCCCCUGCCUGCGCCCCCCGCCUGCGGCUCCUUCACCUCCUACAGCGCGGACAUCCUGACGGAGGACGAUGUCUACUGCAGCUGCCUGGCUAAAACUCUGUGUCACGUGCCUGUUCCCGUGACGGUGGGCUUCUAUGCUCCCUUCGGCUGCCGUCUUCACAUGAUGCUGGACAAGAUCAUGACGCUGAUGCAGCAGGAGGCCGCGCAGCGCGAGAGCGAGGAGCUGCAGCGCGUGCAGUGGCGGCCGCGGCGCGUGCGCGGCUGGGGCGUCCCGCAGCUGCUGUGGUUCCUGGUGUUUCUGCAGCCGGUGAUCACUGAGCUGCACCUGCGGCGCAGGAACGUGCGCUUCCUGUUCAUCCGCUUUAGCGCCUGGCAGUACGCGGGCACCGACAAGCUGUGGGCGGGGCUGGUGACCACGCUGUGCGAGGGCAUCCGCCACCACUACGGCGCGCUGCCCUUCAGCGUGUACUCGGUGCUGGGCAACAAGCCCGGUGGCCCACGCGACGGCCUCUGUCAACGCGAGUGGCACUGCCGACGCCGCGUAUGCUUGGCGCUGCUGGCGCUGCUGGCCGCGCUGUGCCUGGGCGUGGGGCUGCUGUACCUGUCGCUGGGGGGCCACGCGCCGGGCCACACGGGUCGUGGCCUGCUCAAGGCGCUGGGCGGCGCGGCCACCACGCUGUCGGGCUCGGGGCUGCUCAUGGCCGUGUACUCUGUGGGCAAGCACCUGUUCGUGAGCCAGCGCAAGAAGAUCGAGCGCCUAGUGUCGCGUGAGAAGUUCGGCAGCCAGCUGGGCUUCAUGUGCGAGGUGAAGAAGGAGGUGGAGCUGCUCACCGACUUCCUGUGCUUCCUGGAGAUCUACCAGCGACGCCGGCUGCGCGUGGUGCUCGAGGUCACCGGGCUGGACACGUGCUACCCGGAGCGCGUGGUGGGCGUGCUGAACGCCAUCAACACGCUGCUGUCCGACAGCCACGCCCCCUUCAUCUUCAUCCUGGUGGUGGACCCCAGCAUCCUGGCCGCGUGCCUGGAGAGCGCGGGCAACAUGAAGGGCACGGCGGACAACGGCUACCUGUUCCUCAACCGCACGGUCACGCUGCCCUUCUCGGUGCCGGUCAUGGGCCGUCGCACCAAGUUGCAGUUCCUGCAUGACGCGGUGCGCAGCCGCGACGAUCUGCUCUUCCGGGAGCUGACGCUCAAGCUGCAGCCGCAGAGCCAGGACUCGGCCGCCGGCGAGGGGACGCAGCUGCUGGCGGUGGAGACGCAGGCGGACGGGGAGCGCGCGCAGGGCCGCGUGGACGCGGAGGCGGCGCGGCGCAUCCAGGAGGCGCUCUGCUGCCUGCACGACGAGCACGACUGCUUGUACGAGUACGUGCCCGACAACGUGGUGUCCAUGCGGCGCAUCGUCAACACGGUGCCCAUCACCGUGCGCCUGUUGCAGCAGCAGCAGCAGCAGCAGUCCGACCGCGUGGGACCCACCCCGCGUCACGCGGUGGCUUGGGUCGUGCUCGCCAACCAGUGGCCUUGUCGCCUCAGCUGGGUGCUGCAAUGCCUGGAGGACCGGCAGCAGGCGGGGGGCGCGCCCGAGGGCCGUGCGCGUCUCUGGGACGUCUUCUGCGACAAUAGUCGCGAGCUGCACACCAUGACCAAGGCCUUGCAGAAUGUGCUGGACCUGGAUGGCGACCCUGAGCUUUUUGAGCGCUUUCUGGGCACUGAUUUCCCCUUCACCGUGUCCGAGGCACAGAGUUUGCUGCGCUGCACGGUCAACCUGGACCAUUCCAUUCGCCGCCGCAUGGGCCUCAUCCGGGCCGUUAGCGCACUCAAGCCGCCCAGCCCGCCCAAGUCCCCAUCUCCGGAUGAUCCCCAGGCCAGUCGUGGAACCAGUAAUGCGGCAGGGACGUCCCAGGUGGCCCAUGGAUCAGGACACAGUAGAGAGGUGCACGGUAGAGACCGGACCCAUGGGGGCAAGCCAAGGCCGAUGGCCUAAGUCCUUUAAUUUCAGGGGUGUAGAGGUCACUUGGGUUCGGGAUGGAGAACACCGGCAGCCACGGGCGGCAGCCACAUCCCACCUACCCCAUGAGGGUGGAGGGCAGGGCUGGGUUCAAGACCAACGGGCUUUGGGAUGGGACGCACCCUGGUGACUUUGGAAGCCAAAAGGGCGGCAGGUAGCAGCUUCCUGGAGUAGGUAGCUCCCACACCGGUGUCUGAGCGAACAGAGAGGGGCCAGUGAGGAAUACGGAAGUUAAAAAAGCAAUAAAGGAAGCUGUGGAAAGCAGGGAUGGCCUUCAUGUCCUAGAUUUCUGGCUAGGUGAGGAUGCCACCUGCCCCCACCUACUUCCUCCUCAGGAAGCCGGGCCUCUGAACUGCAUCCUAGCAACUGAUGUUGGCAUCCCAGGUGGUAGGAGGCUUGCGGGGGUGGUGGGUGAGGCUGCGGGGGCAGGGGAGAUGAAGGGCAGACGCCAAGUUACUCAGGCAAAGGGGAGCACCCAGGCCUCCGGGGAUCCCAGGCCUUUGUUCCCCACACCCAAGCCUGCCCUCUGUGGGCAGAGCAGGAACUGGCAUUUCCCAGGGCGGUGCCUGUGACCUCAUCAGGUGGCUCCACCUCUCAGCAUGUGGGCUAAUUAAGCCUCAACCAGAUGGGUGUGUGGCACAGCCCUCCCCAGAUAGGCAGGUAACUGUCCAAGAGGAACUACUGAGGAUGUGCCUGUUUUACAAGUCACUCCAGGGCCACUGGCUGGGGCUGGGUACUGACUGCCACAUCACCAGCAGGGAAGCUGAGGAACAGGGAUUGGCACCUGAGGGGAAUGUAGAGUCAGAACAAAGCCAGGUGGGACAGUAUGAACUGUGGCUGGGCUGGGCCCUUUCCUGCUAGCGUGGUCAGAGACCAGGGAUGAGCGUCACACCUGUGGGUGGCUCCUGAGGCCCCAGUGGUCAAGUAUGUCGCCACACACUCAGGCUGGGGUUCCUCAUCCACUAUAGUGUGGCGGGGAGGGAACAGCAGAGCUCAGCUCUGAAUUGCAAGGGGAUGACUUUGUUUUGUGAUGAGGAUUUAUAAAGACCCUCCUGCCUGAUAGACAAGCAAUCUACCACUGAGCCACACCCCAGCCCCUCACUGGGGGAUUCUAGGCAGGGGCUCUACUGCUGACUUACAGUCACUGACCAAAUCAGUGACUUUUGAGCCACAGUCCCUGAAGACUAAGAGGACAGUACCUUUACCCCAGGAACCAAGAGCUUGGCAAAGUCAUCCACUCUCAGACUAUGUGGUUCACCAGUUGGUGGUAUUGACUUCACAUCCCUUAGGUCUCUGGCUAAAGCCAAUCUAUCCCUGACUUCUUUGGUCUCUCAGGAUUACUGGCUAAGCGAACAUAAUUUAGGCAGCCACGUUAACUGUAAGGAAAUGUCUUCCAGCCUUGGUGUGGAAUUUGACAGUAUUCAGAAUUUCACAGUGCUGGGAAUGGUGGCUCACACCUUUCAUCCCAAUACUCCAGAA